AUGCAUACGUUCGUCCAUGAGCACUUGAUGAGCAUUCUGAAGCCCUUCGCCGAACACGUGAAGGAACUUGAGAAACAGGUGCGAAGUGUGCGUGAUGAGCAGAUUGCUCAGAGUGUCGGUGUGGGUGCCGUCACUGCGGCACAGAAAAGUCUUGAGGAGGCAUCGGCGUGCCUCAAGCUGGACCUGACCAAGGUGAAGAGCAACGUGGCGCGAAGUCACGAGGACGUGACGAAGCUCAUCGAAGUCUUUUCGCAGGCCAACCAGGAACGGCAAGAGAAGCUGAGAAAGCAGUUUGAUGAGGAAAUACUCGACGUUCGAUCCAGUUUGAACUCAAUGCUGCCACAGCAGGAGGACACCAGAUCGCGUGUGGUAUCUUUGGAGUCCAAGGCCCAGGUCACAGCAGAUCAGCUAAAGGCCGAUGCCUUCACGUUGCAGCACCUGCAGGAGGCUUGCGAGCUGAACAAGUUCUGUUUCCACGGCCUUUCAGAUCGGCUGGAGGUCACCAAGACUCAGGGCGAGGCGACGCAGUCCGAACUGCAGAGGCUGAAGACCGUCGAGUCCUGCCACCACCAAGAAGCCGUGGAUACGAUCGCCAGAUUGACGAGGCGGCUGGAUCACACCGACAGUAAGGUGAAGCACAAUCAUGAAGACAUCAGCAGGACCGCUGCUGCACUCGGUAUUCGGCUGGACUCAGCAGAGAAAGGCCUCACUAGCGUGGAAGAAGCCAUCGCAGCAUUGGAUGCGAACAUGCAGGCCACGCUCCUGCAGUACGACAAGGAGCAGGCUUCAGAGGAGUCCAAACAGAUGAAUGCCCUGGAACGCCUUGCACACCAUGUGCAUCGCAUCCGCGAGGAGUUGGUCGAGAUUGCAGCCAAGAACCAUGCUGAAGCCACUGAAGGCAUCAGCAAAGUCGCAGCUGCAGCUGGGGCGAACCGGGACAAAUUGCAGCUUCAUGACGCACACCUGGGAACGCUUGACGGGCGCACCAUGGUGCUGGAGCAAGGUUUGGAGCAGACCAAAGCCCAUUGCAGUGAUCUCGACCGUGCUCUGGAUUCUUAUGGCACGCGCAUGCGAUCUGCAGAAGACGAAAUCAGGGAUUUGAUCUACUGCAAAGUUCAGAUGUCUGCAGAUGUGGACGAGCUGCAAGAUUCGUCCCAAAAGGUCAAAACUCGUCUCCGAAUAGCUGAAGAUGGCCUGCAGGCAGCUCAAGCCGACAUCCGCAGCCAGGGGAGUGCCAUCGCGCGAACAGAGGACGAGCUGGUGAAUACCACCAGUCGCCUGGACUUGGCGCACGAGUACUGGAAUGGCUUCGGCCGCGGUCUCCAGGACACGGAGCAGCUGGUCACGGAGGGCAAGUCUGGGAUGCCAGCCCAAAAGGAACCGCAGCGUCCGAGAGCACUUCCCGCACUUCCGUUCACGCCACUAAACUCAGCAAGGCCACACUCCAUGGGGACUACGGCCAACAGGCCGGAAAGCUCGAUGGAUGGUGAACGCAAGCUGCGACCCGCGAGCAGCCUGGCAUA